GAUUUAACAAAGAAAAACUUCACAUUGCAGUUUGCUGACUUUCUGCCAGCACUACCCUCUUCUGACACAAACUGGAAAGGCUGGUCAACCUGAAAUCAUCCAACUUAUUACUGAGUCCCAAGAGUCAGACAGAAGAUGCAGUGAUGUUACGUGAGAUCAGUGCUGGGUUUAGAGUCAUGGAGUCAUAGAGUGGUACAGCAUGGAAACAGGCCCUUCAGCCCAACUGGCCCACACCUGCCAACAUGUCCCAUCUACACUAGUCCCACCUGCCUGCGUUUGGCCCAUAUCCCACUAAACCUGUCAUAUUUGUGUGCCUGUAUUAAUUUUUCAUAGACGUUGUGAUAGUUCCUGCCUCGACUACCUCUUCCUCCGGCAGCUCCUUCCAUAUGCCCACCACCCUUUGUGCACAAAAAUCCCUCAGGUUCCUAAUACUGUCCUCCUCACCUUGAACGUAUGAACUCUGGUUCUCGAUUGCCAGACUCUGGGCAAGGGGCUCUGUGUGUUUACCCGAUCUAUUCCUCUCAUGAUUUUGUACACUGCUUUAUAAUAAAUUGCAAGACCAAAUAUAGAGAGGUCCAAGUGGGAGGGGAUUAGAGAAUUAGAAGGUCAACCCUGAUCUCAACGUAUCAUGGAUAAGUCCUUUGCCCUAUCAUUCCCAUCCAACACUUUUUCUCAAUCUCAAAACUGCUCUGUUCUUCUCUUUUCUCCAGAUCCAUCAAAGUAUCUUCAUCCUGAAACAUUGACUUGCUCUUCCCUGAUGUGCUGAGUGCUUCCACCACUUUCUAUGUUGAUUUCAAAUUUCCAGUUUGUUCAAUUUCCAUCGAUGAAUAAAUGGAAGUGUUUUGAAGUAGUCCCACAAGGAGGGCAAAGAGUGGAAUUAAUGGGGGGCUGUUUCUGGUUGGCUAGUGAUGUUCUGCAGGGGUUGUUGUUGUUGUUGAUGAUGGAACUGAUGGCUUUAUGGCCACAUUUGUGAAUUAUACAAACCUAGGUAGAGGGGCAGGUAGUGUUGAGGAACAUUCUUAGUCUGCAAAAGGAAAUUGGAUAUUGGGUAUUUUUAAAGCAGAGAUUGGUAAGUUAUUGAUUAAUAAGGGCAACGAACAUCACAGGGGGAAGGCAGGAGAAUGGAAUUGAGAAGGAAAAAUAGAUCAACCAUGAUCGAACAGCUGAGCAGGCUUGAUGGGCUGAAUGGCCUCAUUCUGCUCCUAUGUCUCGUGGUCUCAUGGUCUAAUUUAUGUUUGGUUUUCCAAUGAGAGUACACUGUGUACACCAAAUGCAGAACACUCAAUUGAAUAACGAGUCAGUGAAUUACUGAUUCUGCUGUAAGGCAGAUUCUGCUGUGAAGACAUUCUUGCUUGCCAUAGAGGGAGUACAGAGAGGUUCACCAGAUUCCUGGGAUGGUAGGACUUUCAUAUGAAGAAAGACUGGAUAGACUCGGCUUGUACUCGCUAGAAUUUAGAAGAUUGAGGAGGGAUCUUAUAGAAACUUACAAAAUUCUUAAGGGGUUGGACAGGCUCGAUGCAGGAAGAUUGUUCCCGAUGUUGAGGAAGUCCAGAACAAGGGGUCACAGUUUAAGGAUAAGGGGGAAGUCUUUUAGGACCGAGAUGAGGAAAAAAAAUUUCACACAGAGUGUUGUGAGACUGUGGAAAUCUGUGCCACAGAAAGUAGUUGAGGCCAGUUCAUUGGCUAUAUUUAAGAGGGUGUUAGAUGUGGCCCUUGUGGCUAAAGGAAUCAGGGGGUUUGGAGAGAAGGCAGAUACAGGAUACUGAGUUGGAUGAUCAGCCAUGAUCAUAUUGAAUGGCGGUGCAGGCUCGAAGGGCCGAAUGGCCUACUCCUGCACCCAUUUUCUAUGUUUCUAUGUCUAUGUUUCUAAGGCAUGUUGUAGUUCCUCGAUUGUUGAGAAGGGCGGGGGAUAUAGACCAUGUGUGGAACUCCUGUGGUUACAGGGUUGAUGCAAUGAGAAGGGGAAUGCGUGAUGCUGGAAAUGGUUGCGUAUGCCACAGAGGGAAUGCUGAAAGAGAUAGGAGGAGAAGGGAGAGCGUAUCUAUUGUUGGAUUCCCGUUGAAGGUGGCAGGAAUUACAAAAUCUUUAAUGUGGUGGCUGGUGAGGUGAUCUUUGAGGGCAAGGAAACUGUAUUUCCUUGCUCUACCUGGGAGCACAUGGGGUGAGAGCAGGUGAACGAAAUGGAAUAGAACCAGCCAGGAGCCCUGUCAAUUAUGAUAAAGGCCAAGCCAUGGUUAAGGAAGACAUCUCCGAAGUACUGGUGUGGAAAAUGUCAUCACCAGCACAGAUACAUUGGAGCUGGAGAAGCUGGGAGAAUGGAAUAAAGCCCUUGCAGGGAGUGAUAGGAGGGGCAACAGUUAGGUUGUGAAAUCUUGGGCUGAAAAUGGUCCCGAAACGUCCCCUAUUACUUUUCCCCAGAGAUGCUGCCUGGCCCACUGAGUUACUCCAGCACUUUAUGUAUAUAUUCGGUGUAAACCAGCAUCUGCAGUUCCAUCUUAGGCAUAGUCAUCUUAUUAUUCCUUCCCCAACAAGCCAUCUUCAUUCCCCUUUGAGUCCGUUUUGUUUCUCCAAAACUGUAUAGAACAGGAAUGAAAUGUUCAAAUUGAUUCCAUUAUUGGCACAGGUCAAUGAGAGGCUGUGUUCAUUUCACAACCCACUGAUGUUUCUUUUUCUUGCAGAGUGGAUCAGUUCCGAAAGGGAUGGGAGCAAAACUUCAAAAGAUGCCGCUCAAGUGUCUAAAACGAUGCAGGAAUUCACUGGAAGAAGCAGUGGGAAAAAUGCAGGCCAGAGCUCAGCGUUCUCUGAAGAUGUCAGUGCCAUGUUUUCCAAUUGCCCCGAUGAUCAAGGGACGCCUGCCCCAGGAAGUAAAGGGAAAGGAAGUGAAGAGGUCGUUCAGCCAAGGCUGAAACCAACUUGCACAGCCGAUGAUGAUCCCCAUGCAAACAGCUUCAACAACCCGGCCUACUUUGUACUCGAGGGGCUCUCUUACUCCCACACUGGAACGGGCUGUCAGGAAAAUCCAGGGAACCCGGUGUCGAAACCUAUCCCAAGGAAUAAAACGCACCCUCUUCCUCCAACGCCAAUGGAGAAGCCUAAGGAGUACUCACUCCGACAUCUAAUCAACGAAGGUGCUUCCUCUGAGCAUGAAGGCCCUUAUGAUCAAAACCAACACAUGUUCCACAAAAUGGUGGAGGUGGAAAUGCAGAACAAUCCCCUCUAUGCCAGUUCUGAAGACGUGUGGGGUAAAUCAGCCCAAGCUGCCACGGUCAAGGUGGGGCAAGAGAGGCUGAAGAACACGGCACCAGUUAGGGACCUCAUUGACUUCAAAUCUCGCACGGCAGGCCCGAGAAUCAAGCCCCCAGUGGCGGCGAAGAACAUGCCACAGGCUUCCCUGAUCAGCGAGGUCAGAGACAAGAUCAGUGACAGGAGGUCAGAGGAACAUUCUGUGGGCCCCACGGCAAAGUCACUGAGCGAUAAGGACCGGCAGACCAACAGAAGCGAGCUACCCAUUCCAGUUCGUGAACGUCCGGCCAAAAGCCCCCGACUGCCGGCGAGGAACAAAGCGCCCGAGGUUCAACCUCGACCCGCACGGGCUGAUCACGGGCACCUGAAUGUACCUCCACCACUGCCCGUCAAGAGCAGGACCAUGGAGUUUGGGACUUCUGAGAACCGAAAUAGUUCUUGUAUCAUCUCAGAUUUUCUGAACCACUUGGGCCUGGAGAAGUAUGAAGCUGGUCUGAUUGAGAAUGGAUGGGAUAACUUGGAAUUCUGGAGCGACAUCACCGAUGAUGAUCUACGAGAAGCGGGUGUUACUGAUGCCACUCACAGGAAGACCCUACUGGAACAAACAUCACAAAACAAGCCUUGAAGAUGGUGCCGUGAUGAAGGAAGAGGACCACCGGUUAC